AUGUCUGCCCGGUACGCAGCACUACCAACUCAGCCAUCACCGUCGGACGCAGAGCGGGACCGGAUGUUGGACGACGCCUUUGGCACCGAAGACGACAACGAAUCGACGCCCUUGACAAGGCAAGAACACGACAGCGCACACAACUCCCUAUCGACGGGCGCUCGCCCAGGCGUGUACGACUUUGAGCGAGAUUACGACUACCCACCCCCGGGGUCGCCACCUGCGCCGUCAGAGUUCGCGCGGCCGAACGAGAUUGGGAACUCGAAUGGCCUUCUGCCCUCGUCGCCGGUGACGGCGCCCAGACGGCGAGGGGGCCUUUUCAGGCGGGCGGUCGGUGCUCUCCUGCCAACGCAUUACAGCAGGCUGCCCACAGAAGAGGCCUCGAGGGCCAGAGGCGGUGGGAUGGAGAACGAUGGGGUUUUCGCCAACGUGAUGGCCAAGCCUCAGCCCACGAGACUCGUUGAGACAGAGGACGGAGAUAUGCGCUUAGCACCGGAGGACACGCAGAAGGAGGGACCUCCUUCCUAUACUGAGGCUGCAGCAGAUGCAGUGCCCCCGUACUGGGAGACGACCGUCCACGCCCCCGCAGAGCUCGCGGCGGGCGACUACAUGCUCAUCGACGAUCUCCCAUCUGGCUCCUUCCUCGUCUUCGUGCUCAACAUGUUCAUCUCAUUUUUCUUCCAAUUUGUCGGCUUCCUCCUCACUUACCUCCUCCAUACGUCGCACGCUGCCAAGUACGGAUCCCGCGCAGGAUUGGGGUUGACUAUGAUUCAACUUGGUCUUUAUUCACACGUCGCCCACAAUGAAGACUCGCCGGAGGAGGGUAUAACCGCACUAACUGGGUUCACGCGCGGAGAGGAGUCGGAUCCAACCGUCGACGAAUCACCGAUGCCCGUCGUCAGCCCUCGAGACUGGCUCUCUUUCCUUCUGAUGACAAUGGGCUGGUUCAUACUUCUAUCAUCUUCCAUCGGCUUCUGGCGGGUAAAGAGAUGGGAAACCUCCAUUCGCGCAGCCUCUCAACGCUCCGAGCCUAUCACACCAGAAGACGUUGCGCGCGAUGUCGCUAUCCGCCGCAACCUCUACUCUGUCUUUGGCUUCGGGGUUCCAGAAGAAGACACGCGAAGGGGCGAUCCUGGUGUCCAUGCUGAAGACGAGAACGGGAACGUCAUAGUCAUCCCAUCUCAAGAGGCGUUAGAGGAGGCUAGACUGGCUAGAGAUCUGAGGGCUGCAGGGCUGAUCUGA